AUGUAUUUAAUGUAUUAUCCAGAUAAAGAAGGAAAACGAGAGUAUACACUGCGGAAAAGAACAGAAUCAGGAAAGAAAACACUGUCAGCACAUCCGUCAAGAAGGUUUUCACCAGAUGAUAAGUAUUCACGACAUAGAAUUACAAUAAAGAAGAGAUUUAAGCUGUACCUUGCAGAUCUUCGUAACCUAUUAAUAGUCUAGUUUUUGAUGUAUGAUUGAUAAUUUUUAGCGCAAAAGCCGU